AUGGAAUUUUUGGACGAAGACGCGAAACCGAAGUUCCUGUUUCAGUCCGGUGCACCCGCACCCACUGUAUCACAGCCUCCCGAGAAACCAACGAAACCGUUCAUCGCUGUAACCGUUGCUCUUUCUUCAAUCUUCUUCGCUCUCGCCAUUUUCGUCUUCCCAUCGGAACCUUACAGAUCGAUUCUCUUCUGGUUCGCACUAUCACUUCUCCUUGGUCCAUUCGCUCCUAGCUCAAUCACCGGCGGUGAUUUCCGCGUCGGCCGUGGUCAUGUCGUUAACUUCCCCGAUCAGGAAGCAUCGACUGAUGAUGAUGACGUCAGGAAAAGAUCUCAGCAGCGCCGAUCUAAGCUGCGCAGAUCGGAGGAUGUUGCGUCAGUAGUUCUUCCGGCGCCGGUAGUUUCAGACGGAGGUGCUUUGAAGAAUCGAAAUGGAAAUGGAAACGGAAACGGUGUUGCAUUGACCGCGGUGGUGGAGGAGAAGGAAUGGACCGAGGACGACAUUGAGAUUCUGAAGAAGCAGAUUGUGAAACAUCCGGUAGGGAAACCGGGACGAUGGGAGGUGAUAGCGGAGGCAUUCGGAGGGCGGCACAAAGCAGAGAGCGUGGUGAAGAAGGUGAAGGAGUUAGGGGAGAAGAAGGUUGAUGAUUCGGAUUCGUAUGAUCAGUUUCUGAAGAAAAGAAAAGCGUUGGAUAAGAGACUUGUUGAAGAAGGAGGAGAAUUAGCUACGGUUGAGAAAGUUGAGAGUGUUUGGAGUUCGAAUGAGGACAUUGCUCUGUUGAAUGCUCUGAAAGCUUUUCCGAAAGAUGUUGCAAUGAGAUGGGAGAAAGUUGCUGCUGCUGUUCCGGGAAAAUCGAAAGCGGCUUGUAUGAAAAGAAUGGCUGAAUUGAAGAAAGGGUUUCGGAAUGCAAAAUCUGGAACCUAA